CAGCCGGCGCGGGGGGCGGGGGGAGGGAGCGGGCGGCGGCGGCGGCGGGGACCCCCGGCCCCGCGCGGCGGUUUCAAGCUCCCCCGCGGGCGCGCGCGCCGCCGCGGGCGCAGCCGCUGCCGCUGCCGGGGCCGGUGCCGGGAUGGCGGCGGGGGGCCGCGCCGCCCGCUCCCCGUGACAGGUGGUGGCUGCCGCCGCGCCCCAGCAUGUACGGCAAGGGCAAGGGCCCCGGCGUGCCCUCCGACGGCCAGGCCCGCGAGAAGCUGGCCCUGUACGUCUACGAGUACCUGCUGCACGUGGGAGCCCAGAAAUCGGCACAGACCUUCCUGUCGGAGAUCCGAUGGGAGAAGAACAUCACGCUGGGAGAGCCCCCGGGCUUCCUGCACUCCUGGUGGUGCGUCUUCUGGGACCUGUACUGCGCCGCUCCCGACCGCCGGGAAACCUGUGAGCACUCCAGCGAGGCCAAGGCGUUCCACGACUACAGCGCGGCGGCGGCGCCCAGCCCGGUGAUGGGCACCAUGCCCCCCAGCGAGGGCCUGCCGGCGGGGCCCGUGCCCCCCGCCUUCUUCCAGGGACCCCCGGGCUCGCAGCCGUCGCCGCACGCCCAACCUCCGCCCCACAACCCCAGCGCCCCCAUGAUGGGGCCGCACAGCCAGCCGUUCAUGUCCCCGCGGUACCCCGGCGGCCCCCGGCCCGCGCUCCGCAUGCCCAACCAGCCUCCCGUGGGCGUCCCGGGCUCCCAGCCGCUGCUGCCGAACGCCAUGGACCCCGGCGCGCGAUCGCAGGGGCAUCCGAACAUGGGGGGCCCGAUGCAGCGGAUGAACCCGCCGCGAGGCAUGGCCGCGAUGGCGCCCCAGACCUACGGCAGCGGGAUGCGCCCCCCCCCCAGCUCGCUGGCCGGCCCGGGCAUGCCCGCCAUGAACAUGGGCCCAGGCGGCCGGGGGCCCUGGCCGAACCCUAACGCCAACUCCAUCGCCUACUCCUCCUCGUCCCCCGGGAACUACGUGGUGAGUAUUGGGGAGGGCUCGGGGGGGGGGGGGCCACGCCAUGGGCCGCCCCCUCCGCAGCCCCCUGAGCCCCCUCUGUCCCGGCAGGGCCCCCCCGGCGGCGGCGGCCCCCCCGGCACCCCCAUCAUGCCCAGCCCCGGAGACUCCACCAACUCCAGCGAGAACAUGUACACCAUGAUGAACCCCAUCGGCCCCGCCGGCAGCCGGCCCAACUUCCCCAUGGGGCCUGGGCCCGAGGGGCCCAUGGGAGGGAUGAGCGCCAUGGAGCCCCAUCACAUGAACGGAUCCUUAGGCUCCGGGGACAUGGACGGGCUGCCUAAGAGCUCGCCGAGCAACCUCGCGGGCAUGAGCAACCCGCCGGGGACCCCGCGGGACGACGCCGAGAUGGGCGGCAAUUUCUUAAACCCCUUCCAAAGCGACAGCUACUCGCCCAGCAUGACAAUGAGCGUGUGACCCCAGCGCCGACGCCGCCCGGCCGCCCGCCAGACGCCCCGCGGGGCUAACCGCUGUGUUUAACACACACCAGAGAGAGGGGAAAACACACAAAAAAAGGAAAAAAAGGAAAAAAAAAACCCCACACUAAACAAAAGGAAAAAACGAGGGGAAAAAACAAAACAAACAAACAAAAAAAAACCACCCAGGAACUGGCCACCCACCCUCCCGCCCCGGGCACGGACCCGCCCUGCGCCAGACAAUGGCCGGGGCCCCCCCGGUCCGGGCACCGCCGCGCUGCGGCCCCCCCCGCUGCCCCGCUCGCCUGGCACCGUGCUGGGGGGGGGCAUGGGGGGGGAAACCAGCGGCGAGAUGCAGUGCGGGGAGGGCGUUUUGCACCGGCACCGUGCCCAGGAUGCCCCCCCGCCCCCCCCCCAACACACACGUCCCCGGGGGGGGCCAUACAGCACGGGGAGAGGGGUAUUUAUUUGUGGGGGGGGGGAAGGGGGGGGUUGGGGUGCUGCAUGGGCACUGAAAAAUACCCCCCAUCUGCCCUGCCCCCCCCCAAGCAUCUGCCAGGUGGGGAGGGGGGCACAUGCACAUGCACUCAUUUGCAAUUAGCUCAGCUGCUAAUGAGCAAUGGUGGCGCUUCCCCCCCCCCCCCCCCAAAAAUGCUCACUGCCUGGGAGGUCUUGGACCCCCCCCCCGACUCCCCCCUCCCCCCCAAUCCCUCCCUGCUGGGCAGGGGCUCAAGGCAGGUCCCGUCUGUCCCUCCCCCCCCCCCGCCCCCCAAAACUGCCAUUUGGCCAUAGCCAAAGCUUGGCCCUGCCAAAGCCUUGGGGGGGGGGGGAAAUUGGGGGGGGGGGCGGUAGAGCCAUAAAUACAGCACAGCCCCCACUAGGGCAUCAUGCCAGGCUGGGCAGGGGGGUGCCAAGCCAUACCCCCCCCCCCCAUGCGCUAUAGGGCAGGCCCCAGUGCAGAGAGCAGCCCCCCCCGGGCCCCCCCCCAGCCCCGUCUGCGUGCUCAGCCAGCACUGUGAUCUUCCCGCCCCCUCCCCGAGCGCCAGACCGGGCCCCCCCCACCCCCCCCGCAGAAGGGACCACUUUUAAACUUUAAUAUGAAGGAUUUUGUCUCCUCUUUUAUAACAGAAAGGACCUCAGCGCCCCCCCCCCAAAAAAAAAACACCGCUGCUGCGUGCCCCGGGCCCCCUCCCCCUGUACAGCCCCCCCCAUCCAUGCCGGGGGGGUCCAGGUGCCCCCCACUGCUGCGCAGCACCCGCGGGCGCCAGUGUGGGGGCAGCCGUGCCUGGCCCCCCCCCCCCAGGGGCCGCAGCCCCCCCCCCCAGGCGUAGUCGUGCUGUGUAGGGACCCCCCCCUUCUUUCUAUUCUCGAGAGUCUUUAGACGGAAAAGUUGCUUAUCAAAAAAAAAAAAAAAAGAAAAAAAAAAGAAAAAAAUCCAAAACCAAAAAAAAUUCCAAAAACAACACAAAAACCUGCAUCAAUAAAUGUAAUUUGAUUUUUUUUUCAGAA